UAUGUACGUGUUUGUGCAUGUGUAUAUCUGCAAGGGAUUGGAAAGUCUUGCAAAGAAAGGGUGCUGCUUUCAUUCUGGAGAAAAAUAUUGGGGAUCAGAUCCAUGGGUGCGAUUCCCAAGCCUUGAAUCCAGUGUGGGGACAAAACUGUUGACAUGAAGACCCUCCUGCUGUUGGCAGUGAUCAUGGCCUUUGGCCUGCUGCAGGCCCACGGGCAUUUGAUGGAUUUCUGGAAAAUGAUCUGGUUGACAACAGGAAAGGAAGCUUUGUCCAGUUAUGGUUUCUAUGGUUGCCACUGUGGCAUAGGUGGCAAAGGAUCCCCCAAGGAUGCGACAGAUUGGUGCUGCGCUGCCCAUGACUGUUGCUACGACCGUCUGCAGAAACGCGGGUGUGGCCUCAAAGGUCUGAGCUACAAGUUUGCUUACCGCAGGGGCCAGAUCAUCUGUGCGAAACAGAACUACUGUAGGAGUCAACUGUGUCAAUGUGACAAAACAGCCGCCUCCUGUUUUGCAAAAAACCGGAAGACCUAUAGUAAGAAGUAUCGGUACUACAAAAACAAGCGGUGCAGCGGGAGCAGCCCCAGGUGCUGAGAGCCCCUUGACCCUGGAAGCCUCGCCACCCGACCCUGAGUGUCCUUCUCCAGCACCCCCACUCCCCACCCUAGCCAAGCUCCUGGCCACGAAGGAGCACCCUCUCGCAUCCUAGAGAAGGUGCAGAGCCCAGGAGCCCUUCCAGCCCCAGACAGAAAGAAGCCUUCUAUCCAGAAUGAGAAGCCCGAAGCCCCGCCCUUUUCCCACCCGGGUCUGCCCUUUCCCCCUGCUUCCUCAGCAUUUCCACUCUCCUCCUCCAAGUCCAACUUCCUUCUUAGCGGUAGCAGCUACACUCCCGAGAGGCUCUUCUGAAUAAAGCAAUUCAUUGGCAAAC